UUUUUGAUUGCUUUUUUUUUUUUUUUUUUUUUGUGGGGGUUGGGGGGCAUUUGCAGUCAAUCGAUUAGAUCCAGUCUGCCAAGUGAACUUUCAUUCGUCCCUUUGGAAGAAGUCAGCCAUGGCUCUACCAGAUAGUGGCAUAUCCGCAGAGGAGGUCCCCUUCCCCGAGAUCAUUGAGCUGAAUGUCGGCGGUCAGGUGUACAUCACUCGCUACUCCACACUCACAAGUGUGCCAGACUCUCUUUUGUGGGAGAUGUUCAGUCGGAAGUCAGCCAAAGGACUGGCCAGGGACACCAAAGGGCGUUUCUUCGUGGACCGGGAUGGCUUCCUUUUCCGCUACAUCCUGGACUACAUGCGGGACCAGCAGCUGGUCCUUCCAGACCACUUCCCCGAGCGCGGGCGGUUGCAACGGGAGGCCGAGUUCUUCAACCUGCCCGAGUUGGUCAAGCAACUGGCACCCAAAAUCAGCAAGCAGAACUCACUGGGUGACGACGGCUGUCAGAGUGACCCGGAGGACUCCUCGCCCGGGGUGGACGCCGCCCGGAAUCUGGGCUCGCUUGGCGCAGCGGCGGCAGCCUGUGCCAGUUUAGUGCCCAGCUCCGUGGACGGGAAGCGGUCCGGCUUCAUCACCAUCGGCUACCGAGGCUCGUACACGCUGGGCCGCGACACCCACACUGAUGCCAAAUUCCGUCGGGUGGCUCGGAUCAUGGUCUGCGGUAAGACCUCCCUGGCCAAAGAGGUCUUCGGGGAAACCCUGAACGAGAGCCGCGACCCAGACCGCCCCCCGGAGCGCUACACCUCCCGCUACUAUCUCAAGUUCACCUUCCUGGAGCAGGCCUUCGACAAGCUGGCCGACGCCGGCUUCCACAUGGUUGCCUGUAACUCCACGGGGACCUGCGCCUUUGCCCACGAGCAGACGGACGACAAGAUCUGGACCAGCUACACUGAAUAUGUUUUCUACCGUGAGUGACGCUCUCGACCCCCCCCCUCCCCCAACACCACCACCUUGUCCGCAAGUGUCCCCUACCAGCCUCAAGCCUUCUCUCUUGUAGAUGUACUGUUGAUGUUCUGCUUCGGGUUCCAUGUGAUUUCACCCAUGAACAGCUCCCCACUAGUGACUCUUUCCACAUUCUCCUUUGUCCCCAGACCCCUUCAGCUUUAGCACCCCCCUCAUCUGAUACAGUUGUCAUCUUGACCGCACCGCAGCUUACCCCGCAGGACACGGACCUUCCAUGUACAACCCCUCUUCGUAUUUCACCUUUCUCAGUGAAGCACAACUCUUUCUAUGAUCUAACUUUGUUCAAACACAAGCCCCAUGUACGGGCGUUAAGAAAAAGGGCUCCAAAAGAGCGGCCAUCUUGUACUGUGUUAACUUUCCUUCUCUUGGCUCUACUCGGUCCCGCUCCUCUGAAAUAAAUCACCACCGUAAUUGGACUUCUUAUAAGCCUCGAGGGGGAUGUGAGCGCUAAAAGAAGCAACAUCUCCCGCGAUAUUAUGUCCUGUAUCAUGCAACUGGGAUUGCGCCAUCGUCGGUUUAUCCUGCCAGUUGUUGGUUUCAGAGGCAGUGGAAUCAUAUAAAAAAAGAUUGUUAGUGUUUCACUGCUAAAAAGUGUUGAAAGGCAGAUUAUAAAGACACCUUGUGGACAGAACAAAAAGCUCGUCGUAAAGUGUACAUUGCUUGUGCCAACGGGCCUUUUAGGAGUUUAAUCACCCAAGCUAGGCUCGCAGAGGGCCCGAGGGGUGAAGGAGGUGUUGCGCCAUUUGCACCACGCUGCUCAACAUUUGUGGUUUUUGUUAACGGUCCGUCACUCGAUAACCACCUCGGCCGCGUCAUGUUUCGACCUCACCUCGGUGGGUUACGUCGGGAUUUCAUGUCAGUAUUGUUUGAAGCUGUUGCGUACGGAAACGGUGGAAUGAAACUGUAUAGUCAUUCUUAUUCUGAUGAUUUCUUUCACGAUAACUAAGCCACUGUUCAAAAAAAAAA